UUAUGAAGGAAUUUAUGUGUAUAUGACUAUAUACGUAUGUGGGUGUGAGUGAGUGGGUGUGUAAACAGCAUAAGGUUGGUAUUUAAAGAAAAUCACACUGAUAAUGAUUUACUCUUUAAAUCACAUGACAACAGAGCUGCUGCAGAAGUUAUGGCAGAUCCCAGGACCUUUGCAGAUGUGAGGAAUACAGUUCUUUCAGCUCAUAAAAGCUCAGGGCCCAAGGAAAAGGUUGCGUUCUACAGCUCCUGGGCCGAGAGCUAUGAAGAAGAUUUGGCAAUAUUGGACUACCGUGCUCCUUUCUUAGCUGCAAAAUGCAUUGCUUCACACUUCACCGGCGAGAAAGAGAGAGCCAUUAUUUUGGACGUGGCAUGUGGGACAGGGCUGGUCUCUGGAAAUUUAAAGAAAAACGGAUUUUGCCACUUUGUGGGCUUGGAUGGAAGCGAGAAAAUGUUGAGUAUGGCCAGAAAAACAGGCCUUUAUCAGGAGCUUAAGCAGUGCAUGCUGUGUGAGGAUCCCUUUCCUGUUCAAGAUGAGUCGUAUGAUGUUGUAGUAAUUGUGGGAGCUCUGAGUAUUGGAAACGUGCCAGUGGAAAUCAUCAAGGAGCUUUGGCAAGCCACCAAGCCGGGUGGCUAUGUGUGCAUGACUACAAGAGGGAAUGCUGAGAAUCUGGAGUACAAAGCUGAGCUGGAAAGUGCGAUUCUUGCAAUGGAGGAAGAAAAGAAAUGGAGACGUGUCACUGUCGAUGUAGUGGACCAGUGGGAGAAGGCGGUGUCUGACCAUGAGUGUGGAUACAUACCUGGAGUUGUUUAUCUAUAUCAAAAAGUGUUUUAAAUUCAGAAUUGAUUGUGCUGAAACAGUGCUAGGAGCUGAAAGGAAAGCAUAUUGUAUGUGUGGAUGGUCUUUAAACAAUAGCCUACUAGUGAUUUUAUGUAUACAAAUUGGCAAGAGAAUGGGACAAAACCAAUGACUAAUGUAAACAAUUAGAGGAACUUUUUUUUUUCAGAAGUAUUUUUGAUUAAAAUCCAAUUUUAUUUUGAACAAUGUCUCUUCAGUAAAGUCUUGCUGUUAAGUAAUGUAUCCCCAGUAACCAAACAUGACUUUGAUCAUCAAAACAACUAUUUGGCUUUGAACUUAAUAAUAAAUAAUCUUAUACCACAA